ACAAACAACGCCCUCGCGCAUACGCGUCGCCGAUCAUUUGACGCCUCCAUACUUUGUCCUCCACUAUCACUCAUUCCUGCUGUUUACGCCUACGAUCUUUAUAAGUUUCUCCAUUUACAUUCUGUAGAUAUGGCGACGCAGAUGGCUAUUGACCAUCCGACACCGAAACUUGAUGUGGAAACAUACUUGACGACUGCCUUGUCAGCGACACCUGCUGAACUGCAUCCAUUCUUCGAGGCAUUCCAAGACUUGUAUAAGCGAAAACUAUGGCAUCAGCUAACACUCAAGCUCUUCGAAUUCUUUGACCACCCGUUGUCAAAACCAUAUCGCGUGGAUGUCUACACGCAGUUCGUUCGUGACUUUGAGACCAAACUGAACCAACUCAGGCUAGUGGAGAUGGGUGUGAAAGUCGCCAAGGAAAUCGAUAAUCCUUCACAGCUCUUGGAAUUUUUUACCUCACUGCUGUCAAGACUACCAAUAGAUAAGGCACCGGACGCUCAUGUUCUCCUGCUUGCAACGCUGGCGCAUGCGAAGCUACUCUAUGGCGACCUCGAUGGAACAAAGAAGGAUAUGGACGAAGCCUGGAAGAUCUUAGAUGAGCUUGCUAGCGUUGACAACAAAGUCCGAGCUGCAUACUACAAGGUUGCUGCGGAUUACUAUAAAGCAAAGGCGGAAUACGUUCCCUAUUACCGCAACUCCCUUCUUUACCUCGCUUGCAUUGAAUUGUCGGAAAUAGAUCCGGAAGAGCGCGUUCUUCGAGCACACGACCUCAGCAUUGCUGCACUUCUCGGCGAUGCAAUCUAUAACUUUGGCGAACUCUUAAUGCACCCGAUACUGGAUGCACUUGACGGAACACCUCACGAAUGGAUCAAGAAACUGCUGUUCAAUUUCAACGAGGGCAAUAUCGGCAAAUUUGAGGGUCUCGCCCCUCUUUUCCCCCGAGAGCCGAUCCUACAUGAGAACUUCCCAUUUCUGCGACAGAAGAUCUGCCUCAUGGCGUUGAUUGAGUCGGUGUUCAAGCGGAAUGCGUAUGACAGAACAAUGACGUUCCAGACCAUUGCGGAGGAGACGAGGUUACCUAUUGAUGAGGUCGAACAUCUCGUCAUGAAGGCAUUGAGGUAUACUUGUUGCCUCCCCCAAAAUUUGACUACGGAUACUGAUGCAAAUUCUUGUUGUAGUCUCAAACUGAUCAAAGGCUCGCUGGACCAGGUGGACGAGAAGGCUCAGAUCACUUGGGUACAGCCCCGUGUGUUGUCACCAGAGCAGAUCGGGCAACUCGCUCAGAGGUUGCAGAAAUGGGGUGAUCGACUGCACAACGUCGAGGAGAGAAUCGCACCAGAGGUUCUUACAACUGCAUGAUGUACUCAGCUGGACUUUGUCAUAGUGUAUUUUCCUGAUUCCCCGCAAGUGAGUUUCCCUUCUUGUGCUGGGAGUGUCAUGCUGCCCUUAGAAGGGGAAGGGAUUGUCACAAUGGAGGUUAUACUCUAACCUACGGAAAUCGAACUCCCGGAUGAAAGUGAGAAAUGACCGUCACACCAUCUCCGAAUGCUGUUUAUGGCCUCCCUUGCUAUUCAGUUGAAUCAAUUUAAACUUUAAGACUCAUCACCUAUCAGACGUGUC